AGGUUGAUGAUGAUUAUUCUUGACCAUCGCAAGAUCAUUAUUCACGAUGCUUCAGUAGAUAUUCGGUUUGUGUAUCUCCAUCUUCACGCCAAGCAACGAGCAACGAACGUAAAUGAAAUGGCAUUGAGGAUCUUCAUGAGACCUCAUAUACCACCAUUGCCUCCAACCCUCAA